AUGGCUUACGUUUUAGCACUGAGAAAAGGCAAGAGUAGAAGAACAAAGAAAAAAAUUUUGCUGAAGAAUGGAGGAGGCUUGUUGGAGGGGUCAACGGUUGCAACACAGUGGCCGACCUUGCCUUGUCUACCAUUUACGAGAGUGUUGAAAACUGACAGCUCAAAGAACACAGCUUCUCAAUCAACCUCCGGGUUACAAACGUGGUUGGACUCAUUUCCUGGUAAAGUCAAACAGAGCGAGAAAAUCAUAUUUAAAAAGAUUGACCAGGCUUGGCAAAGGAAAGAUAUAGAUGAAAUGUUUCAGCUGAUAAAAGUACGUCACCUGUUCCUGUGCAGCUUGAAAUUCUCAUCAGUAAGAUGAGAAUUUCUUUACUUAGUACGCGAUUGAAUGAUUUUAUGUUAUUUUAUAAUUUUUAUGUAGGAAAACGAAUUCAGUGAUGAAACCCAGAAGAAAGCUCUGCAUUAUUGGGACCAGGGACAUUACUACCAGGAGGGUGAAAAGCGAAACAAAGCGCUCACCCCGUUAGCUCGUUUCAGAAUCCGAGAGAGGUGAGUUAACAACAGAAAAUCGAUGAAAUAACUCCGCUUCGCCGCAAUCUUCUGGUUUUGAGAGUUGUAAUAGCUUUGAUCAAUUUUGUAAUAGCUUUGAUCAAUUUUGCUUGCAAUCAGGUAGAUGUCGACAGUUUCAGUAAGCUUUUAAAUGGUGACAACCAUUGGCGAAAAAGUUAAAUAAUGUCUGAAGAGUAGACAUUUUGGCGUCCUUUUACUUGCGAAAUCGCCUUUGAAUGGUUCUGAAAUAAGUUGACUUAAGCCAGUGUGCAGGGAAAAAAAGCAAAAACUUCCUUUUAUUCAUUUUUAAGAUAUCAGUGGCUGAGUUUCUGAUUGACUGGGAUUGACUGAGUACAGUAAUGUAGGGUUUUCAAAAUUUGGUUGUGUUCUUUCGGGUCUUCGGGUUUAAGUACAUUAAACUCACUAAAAAGAUACACGAACCGACAUCCUAAUUGGGAAUCUUUCGAGGCUGAACUAUCUGCAUUCUCUCGUGCUUUUACUGAAAAGAAAACCAGAUUUCAGAGAACGAGAGCUGUGUAGUUUGAAUCAAUUAAAAUCUGAAUUUUUCUUGCUCUAUCAAAAGCCUCAAUCUGGGAAAAUCGAUGCUUAGCUUCGCAACGCUUUCUUUAUUUCUAUCAAAAUCAAAAAACUACAUCACGACAAAGUCUUCAAAUUUCUUUCAAUGUCAUGUAUUUCCUCAGCAAAUUUAUCAGAAAUUUAACCGUUCAACCGUUAUCAAACAAAAAUCCUUGCUGCCUUUGCGCGAAUUAUUCUUUAGAUUUCUCUUUGGUCGGUCUCGACCUUUUGCGGGGACAUAAGUUAUACGUAAAAAUUAAUUUGUCUUAUAGAGUGUUUCCAAAAUUCUCUGUCGCAGAAAGUUUUGUAUGAAUUUAUAUGAAUUCUUCCCCACGAAACGAUCGUGGCAAAAGGAUAGAAAAAUCUUAUCUGAAAGGAUAACGUAUUACACUGGCAAACUUACGUUUGCAAACGUAAAUUACAUCAAAUAUUUCCUCUGUCUCUCAAAACUUUUGCCAUCUCAGGUUUCUCCCACCGAAAAACAUCUGCCCGAACGGAAGGAAAAAAGCGACUUUACCCAGGGAAGCCACUGCUAAGCUUCGUGCUUGGCUAGAUGAAAACCCUCGUCCGUAUCCGACGCGGGAAACUAAAGCUGCACUGGCAGAUGACACAGGCCUUACGAUCUUACAGGUAUCUAACUUGAAAAAGAUAACUCCUGAAUAAGAAAAAAAAACAACAACUAAAAAACUCUUGGCACAAAUUAUGAGUAUUGAGAACUUCAGGGGUUACAUUAUUCAGGAUAAUAUGCGUGGGAAUUUUGAGGACGUUCUGAAAUGGUUCAGAUAAUUGACAAGAAAACAUUUCAUAGUUUUCUGUAGCGUAAUUUUAAACAAGACUUUCCGGUAUCAAAUUCAUUUGCUAGAUCUGUUACGGUACUCUUGCACAUUCAACUAGGUCAAUACAUGGUUUGCUAAUACACGAAGGAGAAUGCGGGGGAAAAGAAAAACACAAAGAAAAGACGAAGUCAAGAGUAAGCACUUGUGGAACAGGUCAAGGUGAGUUUAUCAACUAAUCAGGUACAAAUCUUGAUUCUAUUCUGACCGACGUACGUAACCCCCUUUUAGAGCCUUAUCCACAUGGAAGGAACUUUCAAAGUGGUGUCGAAAAAAUAAACGAAGACUGUGUUUUUUGGCCAAAUGUUGACGAAAAUGCCUUUAUGUUGUAGUCUGCCAGAGCCAUGGCAAGUUCCCAUCUUAACAACUACAAUGGCGUCCACUCCGGGUACGGUCCCUCCGUGCGCUAGUUUUUGCACGUGUCCACCUCACGCCACUCAAAUUCACGUGCCUACAUCUUUAGGUAAGUCUAAAAAUUUCAAUACCCUGUUAAACUGAAUUUCAAACGAACCGGCUAUCAUAGUUCCAAACUAGUAGUACUCAGUAUUGCUCCCAUGCGCUGCCAGCAGAACUAAUGCAUUUUAAUGCAUCAAAUAUCUCCGCGCUAAAGCGCGAUUGGUAUCGGUUGGAACUCGUAACUCGACGGAGUAUACCCCGACUAAAAUUAAAAUAUGGAAACAAUAGAUUCCAUUUGGCGCGUAUAUAUAUAUAAUUAGGGUCAGAUAAAUUAUGCUUGAAAAUUGGAGCAUUAUGCUAUUGAGCGUCGUCUCUGAAAACAUGGCAUCGUGCCGAAAAUCAUGCUCAAGCAAAAGUUUUCGUUAUGCUCAAUCAGAAGCAUGUCAUCUAGGGUAUAUGAUUCUACCUCAUAUUUAACUAACUAAGAUUUUAAGGCUUACCGAGGUUCAGAACACAAAAUAUGAUCAAAUUCCUGACGAACAAGCUAGAAAAGCAGGCUAACUGUUGACACAAUGCAGGUUAUAAAGUUUAUCUCUCGUUGAACUGUAACAGCAAGGAGAUCAUUUUAAAGAAAUUUAGUCGUUAUGUCAGCAUUAUGCUUGAUGCUCUAACUGUAACAUUAUGCCUAGCAUUAUGCAGCAUAAGUUAUCUGUCCUAUAUACAAAAGCCUUCAUUUGUUGGCAGACUUUAUAUGUUUCCGAAAGGCAAACUGUGAGCUUUGACAUUCAAUUGUGGGCAACUAUCAGAGCUUAUUUUCGUUUCUUCGGUGUAAUAAGAGUCGAACCGAUGAAUGAGCUUUCCCUUUUGAUUUUCACAGGCUCAAAUGUAUCAGACUACUGGACAGAGAUGACUUGUAACGCUGGCACUCUCACAGAUUGGCCCGGAAGGUGAUCAUUAGAAGAUUACACGAGCAACACAUCAACUAACUAUUACAAUAUACACGCGUCAUUGACCUGCACGAGGUCAAGUUGCUUUUUCAUUGGACAGUUUUCUUUUCUUGCUUUUUUUCGCAUAAACUUAGCUAAUAUAAGGGUCUACAGCCCCCUUCCCUUCCCCAAAAUAAGCGCAAAGAACCAUGAGGAGGAAUCCUUCUUGCUCCAAAAGAACAAUUCUGUGACCAUAAGAUUCCAUAAAAUAAUUUUGUUUUGUUGUUUUAUUUACACACGAGGUAAGUCACUCCGUUUUUCAUCUUUUUUUUCGCUGUUUUCGAAACUAGCCCUUGUGGUUACUGGGUUUCAUUGCUGUAAAAAUUACCCUCAGAAUAACCGUUCAGUUACGAUUACAAUAUUUAUGAGCGCAAAUCCCGCGCGAGUUUACGGAGGUGAAAAGCAAAGGAUAAGCCAGUAAGAGUGCACCUUCAACGCUAUCCACGUUUUUAGUAUAAACUGAUAUCGGUUAAUUAAAAAAUCCAACGUGACACUUGUCGUAUUCAGUUACACAGGAACUGUUGGUAACCAGUACCUAGCUCCACCUGUAGUUGCGCUUACACCGAAUCUAUGGGAACCUGAAUUCCAGUGCCGAGGGCUCCACGCAGCCGCACAAAUACUCAUGGACAUGGCAAGCAAGUGA